AUGAAGCAUACACAUCAAGACCUGUUUGGUGGCACUGUGUUGCUUGUGGCUAUCCAAACAGUGGUCUCCAUGGUGAUCCCCAAUGCCACCCACUUGGAGGCUAUGCUGGAGAAGUACAUGGAUAAGGAUGAAGAGUGGUGGGCGUCGAAGUCACGUGGCAAGAGGGCGAUCUCGCAAAGUGACAUGCAGCUUAUCCUCGACCUGCAUAACAAACUAAGGGGGCAAGUUUACCCCCCAGCCUCAAAUAUGGAAUACAUGGUUUGGGACACGGAGCUGGAGAGGAGUGCAGAGAACUGGGCCCACACUUGCCUUUGGGAACAUGGACCCGCCCACCUUCUCACUCAGAUCGGGCAGAAUCUUGGUGCACAUUGGGGCAGAGACAGACCACCGACCUUUCAUGUCCAAGCGUGGUAUGACGAGGUAAGAGAUUUCAGCUACCCGUAUCCACAGGAGUGUAAUCCCCACUGCCCCUACAGAUGCUCUGGGCCUGUCUGCACACACUACACACAGUUAGUCUGGGCAACAAGCAAUCGCAUUGGAUGUGCCAUCAACGUGUGUUAUAACAUGAACGUGUGGGGCAUGAUUUGGGCCAAAGCGGUCUACCUCGUCUGCAAUUACUCACCCCCUGGUAACUGGUGGGGACAUGCACCUUACAAACAUGGGACCCCUUGCUCAGCCUGUCCAGCUAGCUAUGGAGGAGGCUGCAGAGAUAACCUAUGUUAUAAAGAUGAUGGAUAUGACCGACGUUACAUGCCAGAAACAGAGGAGACCAAUUAUGUUGAGCCAGAGGCACCUCGGAGCCAGGAACCGCAACCCAGGGCACAGUCUCCCACGCUGUCUCCCAGUGACACUGUGGACAGGAAUGAAGUCGUCAGCACGCUGCAGAUGUCUCAGCAGGUGGAAUGUGAUACAAAGUUAAGAGAUCAGUGUAAAGGAACAACCUGUAAUAGGUACGAAUGUCCUCCUGGUUGCUUGAACAGAUAUGGGAAAGUGAUUGGGACAGGACAUUUUGAUAUGCAAUCCAGUAUCUGUGGGGCAGCGCUACAUGCGGGGAUUAUUGACAAUGAUGGCGGUUGGCUGGAUAUCACCAGAGUUGGCAGAAAGCAACGCUUCACAAAGUCCUACAAAAACGGUGUUCAGUCUCUCGGGAAGAAUCAGAGUGCUAAUGCCUUCACAGUAUCAAAUGUGCCAGUAAAAGCUAUUACUUGUGAGACCACUGUGGCCCAAUUCUGCCCAUUCAAGAAACCUGUCAGACAUUGUCCAAGGUUGUUUUGUCCUCGGAACUGCCUGUAUGACAGUUAUGCCCGAGUUAUUGGAACACGUUACUAUGCAGAUAAGUCCAGCGUAUGUCGAGCAGCCAUCCAUGCUGGUGUCAUUCAGAACCACUCGGGAGGUUACCUGGAUGUGAUGCCCGUGGAUAAGCGGAGACAUUACAGAGGCUCUCACCAGAACGGGAUUACCUCAGAAAGCUUACAGAACCCUACAGGAGGCAAAGCCUUCCGAGUGUUUGCGGUCAUUUGA